AUGGCUGAACCAGACAAGAAAGAUGCUGCCGAUUUAUUGGCCAAAUUAAAGAUUGAAGAAAAAUCAGAAAAGAAACCAAAUCCUUUACAAGAAAAACUUGAUGCUGCUAAAAAAGCAUUAGAAGAAAGCAAGAAAACAUCUACUACUUCUGAUGAGAAAAAAGAUUUAGAUAAUGUGAACAAACCAAAUGAAAACACCAAUUUAAUUAAUUCUGAAUAUGAAGUUAAAGUGAAACUAGCGGAUAUACAAGCGGAUCCAAAUUCACCAUUGUACAGUAUUAAGUCAUUUGAUGAGCUGGGUUUAUCUCCAGAAUUAUUAAAAGGUGUAUACGCUAUGAAGUUUCAGAAACCGUCAAAGAUUCAAGAGAGGGCUUUACCAUUACUAUUAGCCAACCCACCUAAGAAUAUGAUUGCACAAUCUCAAUCUGGUACAGGUAAGACUGCUGCAUUUUCUUUAACUAUGCUUUCUCGUGUUGACACAUCAUUGGGUAAUUGCUGUCAAGCCAUUUGUUUAGCACCAUCUAGAGAACUGGCUAGACAAACAGUAGAAGUAAUCCAAGAGAUGGGCAAAUUUACAGAUAUUAAAACUCAAUUAAUUGUCCCAGAUUCCUUUGAAAAGAACCAGAAUAUUAGUGCACAUAUUGUAGUUGGUACACCUGGGACUGUAACUGAUUUAAUUAGACGAAAAUUAUUGAAAAUGGAUAGAAUCAAAAUAUUUGUGCUUGACGAAGCCGAUAACAUGUUAGAUAAACAAGGGUUAGGUGACCAAUGUAUUCGUGUUAAGAGAUUUUUACCCAAAAACACACAGUUGGUACUUUUCAGUGCCACUUUUGCUGAUAAAGUUCGUGAAUAUGCAAAGAAGAUUGUUCCAAAUGCCAACACAUUAGAAUUACAAAGGAAUGAAGUCAAUGUCAAAGCUAUUAAGCAGUUAUAUAUGGAUUGUAACAAUGAAGAACACAAAUACGAAGUUCUUUGUCAAUUAUAUGGGCUGUUAACAAUUGGUUCUUCGAUUAUUUUUGUCCAAACAAAGAAUACUGCUAAUAGAUUGUACGGUAGAUUAAAAGAAGAAGGCCAUCAAGUAUCUAUCCUACAUGGUGAUCUACAAAGCUCUGACAGAGACAAAUUGAUUGAUGAUUUCAGAGAAGGCAGAUCCAAAGUCCUUAUUACUACAAACGUAUUAGCUCGUGGUAUUGAUAUUCCAACUGUCUCUAUGGUGGUUAAUUAUGAUUUACCUGUCACUGCUAAUGGUCAGGCAGAUCCUGCAACUUAUGUGCAUAGAAUUGGUAGAACUGGUAGGUUUGGUAGAAAAGGUGUUGCCAUCUCAUUUAUCUCCGAUAAAAAGUCUUUCAACAUUUUAUCAAGCAUUCAGAAAUAUUUUGGUGAUCUUGAAAUGACUCGUGUUCCAACAGAUGACUGGGAUGAAGUCGAAGAAAUUGUUAAAAAAGUGCUAAAAGACUGA